GUAUUCUAUCGUUCUUGGCAAAAAUCCAUGUUUUCGAUAUUUUUUCUGCAUACCUACUUCCAAUAUUUACAUUAAUUGUGGUAAACAAACGCCUCUGAUAAGCAAUAUAAAUUCAUAAAAAUCAGUCAUGUCGAAGAAUAAUAAAAGGGCAGCAAGCUCCAGCUCUGAGGAAUUGGACAGCGAAGAGGAGGACAGAUUAAAGGAUCUAAAAGAACGUGAUGAAUUUGCAAAGCGCCUGAAGCAGCGGGAUGAAGGAAACGUGCGCAAGGUACUUGAAUCCAGCGCUAGCCGAAAAGCCAUUGAGGAGGCAACCAAGCGGUUAAAGCUCGAACAUGAAGAUCGGGACAAAAUUCUACCACAGCUUCGAGUGCAGUCUCGUCGAAAGUAUCUUGAGAAACGGAAGGAGGAUAAAGUAGCUGAACUAGAGGCAGAUAUUGUGGAUGAUGAAUACUUAUUCGAUGAGAAAAUUUUAACCACUCGGGAAAGAGAGGAACGGGAGUACAAAAAACAAUUGCUACAAAUUGCGAAAGAGCAUGAAAAGGCGCGGGAGCUGGAGCGAAUUCAGAGGUACCAUAUUCCGCAAAACUUAAAAAAGGGUGAAAAAGAGGAAUAUGUCGAAGUGGAUGAAUUGGAAAAACAGCCACACUCAGAGCAAAAAAAAUGGGAAGUUGAGCAGCUAGCAUCCGCGAGAUUUCAAUUUGGGUCCAAGGAUGCAAAAAUAAAAGAAGAGUAUGAACUCUUGCUGGAAGAUCAAAUUGAGUUCAUACAAGCGCUUACUAUGGACGGUUCUAAAGAUAGUUCUUCAAAGAAAGAUGAUAUAUCUGAAGCUGAACGGAAACGAAUGACAAUAGAAGAAACGCAAAAAUCUCUUCCUGUAUACCCUUUUAAAGAGGACUUAAUAGAGGCUGUGAGAAAGCAUCAGAUUUUAAUAAUUGAGGGAGAAACUGGGUCUGGGAAAACAACGCAAAUCCCUCAAUACUUGGUGGAAGCUGGCUUUACAAAAGAUAAAAAGAAAAUUGGGUGCACUCAGCCUAGACGUGUUGCUGCUAUGUCCGUAGCUGCACGUGUCGCUGAAGAAAUGGGCGUAAAGCUCGGAAAUGAAGUUGGAUACAGUAUUCGUUUCGAAGAUUGUUCUUCAGAACGUACAGUACUAAAGUACAUGACUGAUGGUACAUUACACAGAGAGUUUCUUUCGGAACCUGAUCUUGCAUCCUAUAGCGUUAUGAUCAUUGACGAAGCUCAUGAGCGUACUUUGCAUACAGACAUAUUGUUUGGUUUAGUAAAAGACAUAGCGCGUUUUCGACCAGAACUAAAACUUCUUAUAUCCAGUGCAACAUUAGAUGCUGAAAAGUUUUCAAAGUUUUUCGACGAUGCGCCGAUAUUUCGCAUACCUGGCCGUAGAUAUCCGGUCAACAUAUUCUAUACGAAAGCUCCUGAAGCAGAUUAUAUCGAUGCGUGUUGCGUUUCGGUUUUACAAAUACAUGCCACACAACCUCUUGGAGAUGUAUUAGUCUUUCUAACAGGUCAAGAUGAGAUAGAAACCUGUCAAGAAGUUUUGCAAGAUCGCGUAAAACGGCUUGGCUCAAAGAUACGUGAACUAGUUAUAAUACCUGUAUACGCAAAUCUACCCAGUGACAUGCAGGCGAAAAUUUUUGAACCAACGCCGCCAAAUGCCAGGAAAGUAGUAUUGGCAACUAAUAUAGCGGAAACUUCACUAACAAUUGACAACAUUAUCUAUGUGAUCGAUCCGGGAUUUGCAAAGCAAAAUAAUUUUAAUUCCCGCACUGGCAUGGAAUCAUUGAUGGUCGUACCAAUUUCUAAAGCGUCGGCGAAUCAGCGAGCUGGACGUGCUGGGCGCACCGCUCCUGGCAAAUGCUUUCGUCUUUAUACAGCUUGGGCUUAUAAGCAUGAAUUGGAAGAUAACACUGUGCCUGAAAUUCAGCGCAUAAAUCUUGGAAAUGCGGUGCUAAUGCUAAAGGCACUCGGUAUAAAUGAUCUGAUACACUUUGACUUCUUAGACCCUCCUCCACAUGAAACGCUGGUUUUAGCCUUGGAACAGCUCUACGCACUGGGUGCUUUAAAUCAUCAUGGCGAACUGACGAAAUUGGGUAGACGAAUGGCAGAGUUUCCAGUGGAUCCCAUGAUGGGGAAAAUGCUAUUGGCGAGCGAGAAGUAUAAGUGCUCGGAAGAAUUGGUGUCCAUAGCUGCAAUGUUAUCUGUAAACAGCGCGAUUUUCUACCGACCAAAAGACAAAAUUAUUCAUGCAGAUACUGCUCGAAAGAAUUUCGACCACAUGCAUGGUGAUCAUCUAAGUCUGCUGCAGGUCUACAAUCAAUGGGUUGAUACCGAUUAUAGCACACAAUGGUGUUACGAGAAUUUCAUUCAGUAUCGCUCCAUGAAACGAGCUCGCGAUGUUCGUGAACAAUUGGUGGGUUUGAUGCAACGUGUUGAAAUCGAUAUAGUUUCCUGCUUGCCUGAGACAGUAAAUGUAAGAAAAGCCAUAACAGCUGGAUACUUCUAUCAUGUUGCAAAAUUGUCUAAAAAUGGCAAUUAUAAAACCGUAAAACACAAUCAAACUGUAAUGAUUCAUCCAAAUUCGUCGCUUUUUGAAGAACUGCCAAGAUGGGUGCUGUACCAUGAAUUAGUGUUUACAACGAAAGAGUAUAUGCGUCAGGUGAUCGAAAUCGAUAGUAAGUGGCUGUUGGAAGUGGCGCCGCAUUACUAUAAAGCAAAGGAACUUGAAGAUUCGACGAAUAAGAAGAUGCCCAAAGUUACAGGCCGUGCAAUAAUGACGGAUUAAAAAUACGAUUUCUAUAAAAAAAUAUAUAAGCCAAAAAAAAGCUGCACAAACCCAGCUGAAGAAAUUUUACUUAAACUACAGCAAAUAGCAGCAAGGGAUAAUCGCUAAUCUAGGCGCACAACCACCGGACAUCGAAGGGGCGGAGCUUCAUC